AUGACGACCUGCCAGAUUACUUUCCCUUUACAGAUUACUCAUCCGUCGCUUGGAAACGCUUGUGAGUCCAAGGCAGAUGACGUGGUCCAAGGCGAACGACGACGAGUUGAAGAGGUUUCAGAAGAGGUCCCGCCCUCCGACCAGUUCGUCUGCAUGUCUGCAACUCGUCUGUACGCCGCUCUUUUGUUGCUCUUCGCAAAGCUGCCCUUCAUUCGGUGAGAGACUGUUGUUUUUCGCCUAUUUUUCCUAAAUAUUCUGGUUUUAAUUACAAAUUUAUAUCUUUUGAACAGUUGAUUUGGGAUAGUUCAUGCUCUUGUUUUCUGAUAAGCGUAAAAAGUUAACUCGGAAAAUUUAGCCGUAGCUUUUGUUCGACCUCACAACAGUUUAGGGCUUUUCCCCGAACGCUCCCAGCUUUCAAAAAUUUCAAUUUUACAAGCAAGAAAAUGAUUUUUUAUGAUCAAAAAUUUUGCUCUUUUAAAAUCGUUUCAUGUACUGGAAUUUUACUUUCUUGUCUGAAUUAUUUCUAUUUUUUUUUUUCGAGCGACUCGGUGAGUCAUUCAUGAGGUUCAGGAAAGUGAUAAACAUAUCGUGUCCUUAGCUCUUUAUCUGCUCACUUUCUUUUCCAGUGUGCAAGGAAAUCGUUAAGUUUAAUUUUUUUUUUCCAUUAAUGUAUAUCCGACUAUGGAUAAAUCUAAGAGCGCAUUUUUUUUUCAGAGUUUGCGAUUCACAACCCGGUGGGACGGUGAAAAAGUUUGUAACCGAGUGUUCAAACUUGUUUUAUACGUCGCAUUUACAAACCGUAAACCUACAUUCAUACGACCGUGAGGCCAUAAAACUUUUUUCAAAAAAAAAUCUCCUCGUUUUAGUCUACUUUAGUUUAGUUGUGUCACAUUUUGUUCGACGUAGAAGUCACAAAGUCAAGUUCAAGAGGCCCGUAAAAAUGUCGACUUUUGCCCUUGGGUCUCGAUGGUUUCUUCUCUGUGUUCCGUUCGACCUCACAUUUUCAACCUCUGUGUAGUAUGUUCAAAAAAAGCUUGGGAGAAAUAUAAUAAUUUUCAAUCUUUUGUUAUGGGCGGAGUCGAACUUAAUUCAUUUGCGAAACUAUAAAACUAUAACUAAUUUUUGAGCUUGAACUACUCCAAGUUGUUUGAAAAUAAAAUGAUGUCGGAAUCAGGUAAGGGUCAUAUUCAAAUUCAUCGACUCUUAUUGAGACGACGCCGUGUGAGGGAGAAGGACGUCGUGGUUACCAGCAAAAAAAGAAAAAAAAAAGGCGUCGUUCUUUUUCGCGGCUCAUUUGCCUUGCGAGGAAAUAGGUUUUCAUGGCGUCAGGAAAUGAAAAAAUAACUUGUUCGACGUGAUUAAGAAUAUAAAAAUGCAGUUUAAUUUUGAAUUUCCAGAUCUUCCUGUACAUAUUUGGACCACCAGGCAUGCGACGAGCUUUGCAAGGUUUGUUUAUCUCGGUUGGCUGAAUUCUAAAGAAAAACGAAUUUAAAAAGACGAAAAAGAAUGAAAAGCCAUUUCAGUUUUUUUCUAUUAAAAAAACGUUUAUGAAUCCAGAUAACUCCAGUUUCGAUUUUGUAAAAGCUGAUCAAGUUCUUUUUGAACAUUUUUGAAGAUUAACUUAGUUUUUUUGCUCAAAAAGAUGAAAAAAUUAAAUCAUCCAAUAUUAGGUCGACAGCUUUUGGUACGGACAUUGCGCAGCUUGGGACGGAUUUGAUUUCAGGUUUAUCUUGAACAAUUUCAUAUAAACUAUCCUUUUUUCAGAUGUAAAUGCUUUGAGUACUCGGCUCCUUUGAAUGGAAAGAUAUGCACGUCAAGACAGCAAAGAUGUACAGAAAAGUGCAGAUCUCAGGCACGUUUUUCAUAAUUUUUUCCUUGCGCAGGUUCAAGAAACCAUUCGUUUGCAAUCAAAACGUGAUAUUUCGGUUACCAGGCGAAAGUGGAAACCUGAAGAUGCCACGCAAAAAUAAACAAAGAUAGGAAAAGAGAGAAACAGAAAGAAAAAAAACUACAGAAGGGAAUUGCGACUUGACCAGUUGAAUUGGAAACUGCUUGAUUUAAAGCGAGAAAUGAUAAAAUGGUCUCUCUUAUCUAUUUCCUUCAUUUCCUUUUGGAGAGCGUUGCGAUCAGCAAAGGGCAAGGUUCUAUCAAAAAAUCAACGUUUAAAAUUUAAUAUUUAAUAAUGUUUUUAAAAUUCCUCUGAUUUCACCUGAGCGCAGCGAAGUAUUAGAUUUGGCUACUUCACUGAAAAUUUUGUGCUUUUUGAAAAAAAAAAAUUGGAAAACUCCAAAAAAGUGUGCGGCGAGAUGGUCACACUGCUAGAACAAAAAAAGGCGAAUAAUAAAAAAAUUUUUUUAUUCCAUGGAUCAAGUUCUCAAACACCAUUACACACUAGCAAGAAGUAAUAAGUGCUAUAUUUUAUAAUUGAUCCACCAUAUGUUCGAAAUCGAUUAAAAAAAAAUCAGGUCCAAAAAUUUCAUAAUCAUUGUAAAUGAAACGUGUCUUAGAAACUGUCCAAAGGACAAGUUUUUUUUUUUAGAAAUUUGGAGAGUAUUUCAAAAUUACUUCAAUUUCAAUCAAGUCUUCAGGGCUCUGAGGGUGGAUUCUGUUAUCCACAGCUCGACGCAGAGGGAAAAACGAGCCGUACAGGUUGCGAAUGUUUCAAACAGCUGCCUUCUUUUGUCAGAAGACGGAGGAGAUUUGCUAACUAUCGUCGAUAA